AUGACACUCCUUUGUCCUUAUAUGAAAUUUGUUCAAAUAAAACAAUUAAAUAUGAAUAUUGAAUUGUUUUUACGUAUGCUUCUGAAGGACAUUUAUAAUAAUAAUUUUUGUUACAUUCGUUCAUUAUGUUUUCAUAUACCAGCAGCCGAUGAUCUAAUGAUCGAUAAUUUAAAACAAAUGAUUAAAGAUGAACAAUUACUUUUCCAAUUUGCAAUUGAACGUAUAAUUGAUAAUAUUUAUUUAAAAUGGACAUAA